AUGUUCAUCGUACAACUGUUAGAGGAAGCUCUCAACGGCCGAACGUAUGAGCGUACUCUACAGUUGCAUCCCAAAUGGCAGUUGAUGAAGACACACGAGCUUCUGCAGCUGCCGAGCCCCGAUAUUCAGGACGCACAGCAGCGCACCACGGCGCGACUCCAGAACCGUAACAAUCGCGAGGGUCUACCGAACAACGGGGUCGGUGUGGUCAGAACACAAACGGGUCGACGACAGUCGCAGUACUGGUCUCAGCGACCCCAACCGUCACUACUUACGACUUGUGCUGGAUGCCAGGCAAAUGCACCACCAGCUUCACGUCACAUUCCGGGAUGUCAGCAUUUCCGUGUAUCGCAACCAGGGGGUAGGGAUGGUCGAGUGCGGCUAUACGACAACAACCGCACAUCAAGAGACGCGGCACACAGACCGACCACAGCUUCAACCUCAGGACAGGGGCAGAACACCACCCAGAGUAGAGAAUUGAUAACUACGCGUCCCAAUCAUCAAGUACAGGUGAAUGCGAUUACACAGGACGAUGGCCUGGUACCACCAUCCGAAGCUACAGAGGUACACAUCAAUACGAUACUCACGGAAGACUUCGAGCACACGGCACCGGAACCAGACCAGGUCCACGAAGUAUGGGAGUCCGUCACCGAACGAGCAUGA